AUGCAUCAACGAAUUGAAGCAGGGGGAAGACCCAAUAUUUAUUGUAAUAGAUGUGAGAGAAUAACAUUAAAGGGACAUUUUAGACUUGCCUAAAAGAAAUAAAGUAAAAUUUUGAUACAAUUAGUUCAUAAUUAGAAAUAAGUUGAAAUUCCCAGAAGAAAUAUUACGCUUUAAGAUUUGAUGCAAGGAUUUUAUUAAGAUAGACUUCCCAAAAAUAAGUACUUGAUUAUGAUUUGCGAUGAUGGAAUGAUAUCUCAAAGGGCUAGUAAAUUCCUGAAAAGACAGGGAUUUAAUGCUAAAUGUCUAUUAGGAGGAAUUGAAUCUCUUGACGGAUUGAUUGAUUUGUAAUAUGAAAAAUUUGAUUGA